AUGGCGGGCCGAGUGAUCGCUACCUUCGCGUGCUCAGGAGAGAAGGAAGUAAACUUGGCUGUCCAGGAUGCAAAGGCUGCCUUUAAAAUAUGGAGUCAGAAAUCUGGCAUGGAGCGUUGUCGAGUUCUUUUGGAGGCUGCCAGGAUAAUAAGGGAACGGAGGGAUGAAAUCGCCACCGUGGAGACCAUCAACAAUGGAAAGUCCAUCUUUGAGGCCCGCUGGGACAUCGACACCUCCUGGCAGUGCCUGGAGUACUACGCGGGCUUGGUUGGAUCCAUGGCUGGUAAGCCCCAGCUGGGCCUUUCGGGAGCCACUGACCGGGAGGCACUCGGGGGGUGCCUGGGAAGAGGCACUUGGGAUAUUAAAAAACCUUUUGUUCUUGUGUCUUGGGUUUGUGCAGGUAACGCCAUGAUCUUCAAACCCUCUCCCUUCACGCCGGUGUCUGUGCUGCUGCUGGCUGAAAUCUACACGGAGGCCGGCGUGCCCCCUGGGCUCUUCAACGUGGUGCAAGGAGGGGCUGCCACGGGCCAGUUUCUGUGUCUGCAUCAUGAUGUGGCCAAAGUCUCCUUCACUGGGAGUGUGCCCACUGGCUCGAAGAUCAUGGAGAUGGCAGCUAAAGGAAUCAAACCCAUUACCUUGGAGCUGGGAGGCAAAUCUCCCCUGAUCAUCUUCUCCGAUUGUGACCUGGAGAACGCCGUGAAGGGAGCGCUGAUGGCCAACUUCCUCACGCAAGGCGAGGUUUGUUGUAAUGGCACAAGAGUAUUUGUGCAAAAGGAAAUUCUCGAGAAAUUUACAAAGGAAGUGGUGAAACGGACGCAGGGGAUAAAAAUUGGAGAUCCCCUUCUGGAAGGUACAAGGAUGGGCCCCCUCAUCAACCGCCCACACCUGGAGCGAGUCCUUGGGUUUAUUGAGCUGGCAAAAGAGCAGACCACUGACAUUGGCUGUAUCACCCUGUUUGCAGCCGAUUGCAGAGACGAGAUGACCUGUGUGAGAGAAGAGAUCUUUGGACCAGUUAUGUCCAUUUUAUCAUUUGACACCGAAGCUGAGGUUCUGGAGAGAGCCAACAAUACCACUUUUGGCCUGGCGGCUGGUGUCUUUACCAGGGACAUCCAGCGUGCCCACAGGGUGGUGGCCGGGCUGCAGGCAGGGAUGUGCUUCAUUAACAACUACAACGUCAGCCCGGUGGAGCUGCCCUUCGGUGGAUACAAGAAGUCAGGGUUCGGCAGGGAGAAUGGCCGCGUGACAAUUGAGUACUAUUCACAGCUGAAGACUGUGUAUGUGGAAAUGGGUGACGUGGAAUCUGCCUUUUGA